AUGAUUAAUUUAAAUGAUCAAAAUAUUGAAAAUCAUUUAGAAAAUUCUGAAAUUUAUUAUUCUAUUGUAAAUGAUCAUUAUUAUUCAUCUAUUAAAUUGAAUUAUUUAGAUCAAAAUUAUAUACAAAAAUAUGAUACUGAAAAUUGUAUAAUACCAUCAAAAAGUCGACAUUAUAAAACAGAAUUAUGUAAACGUUAUUUAAAUAGUUCUAAUGGAGAUUGUAGUUAUGGUAAUAAAUGUCAAUUUGCUCAUGGAAUUAAUGAACUUAGAUUUGCUCCACGUCAUCCACGUUAUAAAACUGAAAUAUGUUAUAGUUAUCAUGUUUUUGGAACAUGUAAUUAUGGGAGAAGAUGUGAUUUUAUUCAUGAUGAACCAUUGGAAAAGUUGAUUCUUAUUCGAUUACAAAAUCAAUUAUUUCAAGCUUAUCGAAAAAGUCAUCCACAUGUACAAGAGGUUCGUUUAAUCGAGUUAUUAGGAUUAAAAGAGGAUAAUUGGGAGAGUUUAAAAGUAUUAUCAUCAGCGUUAUACGAUGAAAAAACGUUUCAUAGUAAUGAUGAUAACUUUUCUGUCAUUACGAAUAACGAACUCUAA